AUGGGCGUCCUGGACUCGGUCGACCAAUAUCUGAAUAUUAAGCUGCUUAAUGUAUCGGUCGUGGAAAGUGACAAGUUCCCACAAUUGAUGAAUAUGAAAAACUGUUUUAUUCGUGGAAGCUCCAUCCGCUACGUUCAAAUUCCUGCGGGGGAAGUAGAUACUGAUUUGGAACAAGUCCAGGCUGAUAUUCAUUCAAUUUUCAAGACAAGUACGUCAAGCAGAAUUCCAGUGCAUGAAAUGAUAGCGCAUGGUGAUGCCAACGUCGCAAUUGCAAACAUUGGCACUCAACAUGUAAAGAUGCUGAUGAGCUGGGAAUGA